CGGAAAUUGUCUUCGGAUCCAUAUCGUGUACAUGUCCAUGUAUGUCAGUGUCUGGUCUCCCGUUACCGAUCGCCAUGUCGCCACAUUAGCUGCCGGCUGAGGUCAUCCUGGAGACACGCUUGCAAUCCGCAGAGCGACGGAUGAAAGCGGCGGACAAUCGAUGCUUGUCUAGUUCAACUGAGAGUACAGACUGCGAUUCAACGCGGUGGGCACCUUGAAGCACUAGCUUGCGAUCGAGAGCGACACGAGAAAGGCCGGCUUCCGAGUUGGUUUCACAGCAAGAUAAGUAAUAGCACAGUUACAAAAGCGCGAGAACGUAAAUACACGAUAACCAUUCCUUUCUAAAUCACACCCCAAAUCGGCGCUUCACCGCGGCAUGCUGCGCACAUCACUCUCAGAAUAGCGUCCCACCCCCAACUCCGACGCUUCCGAAUCAGGCCAUAGAGCUGUUCGCCCCAGCGCGAUUUUAGCGGCAUUUCCGGAUCCGUGGUCGAGCGGCGUCAGCGGCGUCUCAGGUGAUGAGGCCGAGGAGCCGGACCAGGUCGAACCCGGCGGAGUGGGGCUGCGGUGUGGAUCGGGGGCCAGUGCCAGCGGACGGGGAUUGGCUUGUUGUGACUCGAGGUAAGGAAUCUGAUACGGCGAGGGGCGGGGCGAUGUGGUAGGUUCGGAUGCGGAGUGGUUGCGAUAGUGUCUACGCAUGUUCGAAUUGACGUUGAAGGCACGUCCGCAGCGUGGGUAUGGACAGGUGAACGCUAGAGAAGAGCAUGAAUCAGCGCUUGGAAAAGGGGGGAAAUGGAUCAAAGAAAACAGGGAAACGAGGAGAAGCGCCUGAUCACACCGCUGCUAGGCGAGCUUCUGGCGCGGAUACUGAUUGCUUUUCAUCCAUGGACAAUCCAGAACCAUUCCCGGAACGGAACGCAGAAAAGCGAAAGGCACGCACGCAUCUCGCCCGUGUGGGUAUUCACAUGGAUCCGCAGACUGCUAGGACGAUUGAAUCGCUUGCCGCAGAUAUCACACACAUGUUUCCGGCUGCGCAUCUCCAGCUCGUCCUCGACCCCUUCGUCCACCUCCGCCUCGCCUUCGACCUCGAACUCGUCCUCCUCGAGCUGUCUUCCGCGCCGGCGCGUCGCGAGGCGCUGCAGGUACGCCGACGAGCCCGAGGCCGAGUCCGCCCUGGCGCGCUUCGCAGGUGCAGACGAGAGCGGGGAAAAGAUGAAACGGGUCCGCAUCUUUGAAUUCUGAUUGUCCGUGAUGGGCGGGCUCAUGGGCGCCGCGCGAUGAUGACUCGUAUCACCGUGAUCUGUGGGCUGCGGCUCUGACGUGCGGAGUAGAUUCUCGUGCAACUGUAGUGGUGCGGGGGGUGGGAGCAACAGCGGACUGGUGCCACUGCCGCGCGUCGGCUUGCACGUCGGCGCGAAGGGAUGCGGUUGUGGAGGGGCAAAAUGAUGGUGCUGAUGAUGCCCAUCGCAGCCUCCCUGGCCGAGGGUGGCAUGAGGGUAGGCACAGGGACAUGUGCUGCUCUGGCACGCGCAUGUGCUGUGAGAGUGAGGGAGCAGGGUCUGCGGAUGGCUGCGUGGAUGUGGGUGGCUGUAGCGCCCAACGUCGACGCCGAACUGGUGUUCGGGGAACAUCUCUUGGAUCCCGGGAAGGACGGGCAUCUUCGGGGAGGCGGAGCGGGCGGCACUCAUGGUCUCGGCGAGUGCUUGUAUGGUGCGAGGGGGAAUGCGGGCGUGGAUGCAGAUGGGUGGGCAAAGCAGGGCCACGGGAGGGGAGCGAGGAAAAGGGAAAGGGAAAGAAAGGAAGAACAGAACAACAGCACCCGCCCGUCGAUCCUGACAGCUGUUAUGUACGUAUCGAGCUGCCGCACACACAUAACACCGAGACGUCUACGCUGUUAUGCCUGGGAAAAAUGGUCCCCAGCCGGAUCGCCGCCCACCGGGCACUCCGGCCUCCUGGCUGCAGAUGACGAGGAGCGAGUCGAGCGCUCGCCGACGGAAUAUGGUUUGCGAUCGAGCAGCAAACACGAACACGUAAUCGACAUCGUUCAGGGAAUCCAUCGAGACAGGGAUUGGCAGUGGGCCAUACACGAGGCGGAUUAGCGCCC